UUCACUCGCUUUAAGAAUCACAAAUCAGUCACGUUUUGCUUGGCUACCUAUUUAGUUUACCGGUAUUGAACUUGUUUUUAAUUCACAUUUAGAAAUAUUCCACAACAUAUCUCCUAAAAUGAAAGGCGACAAAAACGUAGAUAUUCAAGCACUUCAAGACAUCGCUAACAAGCUGAGAAUUGAUAGCAUCGUUGCCACAAAUGCCUCAAAAUCCGGUCACCCGACAUCAUGUGCUUCCAUGGCAGAGAUCAUGUCUGUGUUGUUCUUCAACACGAUGAAAUACAAGAUCUCCGCCCCCAAAGACGCGUCGGCAGACAGAUUUGUACUCUCCAAGGGUCACGCUGCCCCCAUACUCUACGCGGCAUGGGCAGAAGCAGGCCUGUUCCCAGUCGAGGAGUUAAAGAACUUACGCAAACUUGACUCAGACCUCGAAGGUCAUCCUACUCCCAGACUAAACUUCGUGGACGUAGGCACUGGCUCUUUGGGUCAAGGUCUGGCUGUUGCCGCCGGUAUGGCGUACGUUGGCAAAUACUUUGACCAAGCACCUUACAGAGUAUACUGCUUGGUGGGAGAUGGAGAGGCAGCUGAGGGCAGUGUAUGGGAGUCCCUGCAUUUUGCCAGUCAUUACAAACUAGACAACCUCGUGGUCAUCUUUGAUGUCAAUCGUCUUGGGCAGUCCGAGCCCACCUCUUUGCAGCAUCAGUUGAAUGUAUAUGAUGCUCGUCUUAAGUCAUUCGGUCUUCACUCGCUCGUGGUCGACGGUCAUGACGUCAGCGAAUUGGUUAAAGCAUUUGAUGAAGCAGCCAAUACUAGUGGGAAGCCCACAGCAAUCGUGGCGAAGACCUUCAAAGGACGUGGCUUCCCUGGCAUUGAGGAUCUGGAGAAUUGGCACGGAAAGGCUUUAGGUGCUGAGGGAGAGAAGAUUAUUAAGCACCUUCAGUCUCUAAUCAAGAACAACACAGUAACACUAAAACCCAAGCCACCGACUGCCGAGGCCCCUAAAGUCCACAUCGGUGACAUCACCCUCUCAUCGCCACCUUCGUACAAGCCUGGAGACCAAGUCGCUACACGAUUGGCUUACGGUACUGCGCUUAAGAAGAUUGCAGACACCAAUUUGCGUGUGAUCGCAUUGGACGGUGAUACAAAGAACUCCACAUUCAGUGACAAACUGCGCAAUGCCUACCCCGAGAGGUACAUUGAAUGCUUCAUCGCUGAACAAAACCUGGUGGGUGUAGCUACAGGCGUCGCCUGCAGGGAUCGCGCCGUGGCCUUUGCCUCGACUUUCGCAGCUUUCUUCACCAGAACUUUCGAUCAGAUCCGUAUGGGCGCUAUAAGCCAGUCGAACAUCAACCUGGCUGGCUCCCACUGCGGGGUCAGCAUCGGAGAGGAUGGACCCUCACAGAUGGGACUCGAGGACUUGGCGCUGUUCCGUUCUGUGCCCACCGCCACUGUGUUCUACCCCUCAGACGCAGUAUCGACGGAGCGUGCAGUUGAACUAGCUGCCAACACUAAGGGCAUCUGCUACAUUCGUACCUCGCGACCUAAUACAGCCAUACUAUACCCCAACGAUGAAGUGUUCAAAGUUGGCCAAGCUAAAGUCGUUCGCGAGUCUCCGAAGGACCGUGUGCUGUUAGUGGGCGCCGGUGUCACACUACAUGAGGCACUUGCUGCCGCUGAUAAGCUUAAGCAAGAAGGCAUAGAGGCUCGUGUAUUGGAUCCAUUCACCAUCAAGCCUCUAGAUGAAGAAGCGAUAGUGAAGAACGCGCGCGCUGUCGGUGGGAAUGUAGUCGUCGUAGAAGAUCACUACCAAGCUGGCGGCGUCGGCGAGGCUGUCAUCUCUGCGGUCGCCCUCGAACGCGAUAUCGCCGUGAAGCACGUGUACGUCCGCGAAGUCCCACGUUCAGGUCCGCCCGCGGUGCUUCUCGAUAAGUACGGCAUCUCGGCACCGCACAUUGUUGCAGCUGCCAAGGCUGUGCUCAAGGCUUAAGAGGUCUCCUUAUUAUGCUUCUAUAUAAAUAUUUUUGUAUCACUAUAUCAUGUAGGGGAUCAUAUCUCGAUGUUUGCAUAACGAAAGAAUUUAUACAAGGUGCAAGGUAAAGGUAUCAAAUGCAAAAUGUUAUGUUAAAUAUAUAUUUAUAUACGUUAUGGUUAUAUAUAAUUUUACUGAUAUAUAGUCAAAUUUGUUAAACAGCUAAAAGUAAAACACACAUUUGUAAACCAUUUGCGGGCCUGUUAAAACUAUAAAUUUAUAUAUUGAAUUAGAAAUUAUAAUUUUUAGAUUGCACCUGUUGAUAUAGUA